AUGCAAGUGCCGGCUCUGGGUCUCGGAGGCUUCGCUUAUCCAAGCCCCUUCCCCUGCGCUCCCCUCUGCUCGGACUGUACCCCCAGACCAAGCAUCCGCAAGUCCUUCAGCAUCGACGCUCUCCUCUCCAGCCCGGACAGCAUCAGCCCCUCUCCCUCCUCGGGGAGGACCGGGCUUGGCUGCUGCUCUGGCCGGAGCUACGCCCUGGGCUCCGUUCCCCCCGGGCUGGCUCUGAGCCCCCCGAUCCCGCAGCCUCUGUACCCGGGCUUGGUGCACCCCCAUCCCGGCUACCCUCUGUACUAUGGGGCGCCCCUGCUCUACCGGCCAAGUACCUGCAGGGCAGCUCACUGCACACAAGAAUACCCCUUGGCCAAGCCGGGCUACACUCCUUUCAAAUCGAAAGCCAGCAAGUCCAAGCGGGUCCGGACCAUCUUCACCCAGGAGCAGCUGGGCCGCCUAGAGAAGGAGUUCGCUCGCCAGCAGUACAUGGUGGGCUCGGAGAGGUUUCUGCUGGCGUCCACUCUGCAGCUCAAUGAGUCACAGGUCAAAGUCUGGUUCCAGAACCGCAGAAUCAAGUGGAGGAAACAGAGCCUUGAGCAGCAACAGGCCAAGCUGGCAAGACUGGGCAUUGUGGGCACACAGUCCAGCCCAGACUCUCAGAGCGCCGAGGAGGGGCCCUGUCCUGAACCCCAACACCAGGAUCAACCGUGA